AUGGGCGAUAUGGACCCUCAUAUUUUCGCAGUUGCAGAAGAAGCAUAUAAGCAAAUGGCCAGGGAUGAGAAGAACCAGUCCAUUAUCGUUAGUGGGGAAUCCGGUGCGGGCAAAACUGUCUCGGCCAAAUACGCCAUGCGGUUCUUCGCAUCAGUUGGAGGCUCCUCCAGUGAGUCCAACGUUGAAGAGAAGGUCCUGGCUUCCAGUCCUAUCAUGGAGGCAAUCGGCAAUGCGAAAACAACUCGGAAUGACAAUAGCAGCCGUUUUGGGAAAUACAUUCAGAUCGGCUUUGAUAAAAGAUACCGAAUCAUUGGUGCCAACAUGAGGACGUACCUGCUUGAGAAAUCAAGAGUUGUAUUCCAGGCAGCCGAUGAGCGGAACUACCACAUUUUCUACCAGCUGUGUGCCUCUGCGGCUCUCCCAGAACUGAAGGAUCUCUCACUAGUGGAUGCCAAAGACUUUUUCUACACGUCUUUGGGGGGAGACACAUCCCUUGAAGGAGUUGAUGACGCCGAGGAUUUUGAGAAGACGAGGCAAGCCUUCGCCCUGCUUGGAGUAAAGGAGUCCUAUCAGAUGACCAUUUUUAAAAUACUCGCUGCCAUCCUGCACCUUGGAAACGUGGACUUUCGUUCUGAACGUGAUGGAGAAUCCUGCAGCAUAACGAACCAAGAUGAACACCUGCAUCAUUUUUGCAGAUUGCUGGGGGUGGAGCACAGCCAGAUGGAGCACUGGCUCUGCCAUCGGAAGCUGGUCACCACUUCGGAAACCUACACCAAGAACAUGUCCCUCCAGCAGGCCGUCAACGCCAGGAAUGCGCUGGCCAAGCACAUCUACGCCCAGCUGUUCAGCUGGAUUGUGCAGCACAUCAACAAGGCCUUGCACACGACGGUCAAGCAGCAUUCCUUCAUUGGCGUGCUGGACAUCUAUGGGUUUGAAACCUUUGAAUAUAAUAGCUUUGAACAAUUCUGCAUCAAUUACGCCAAUGAAAAAUUACAGCAGCAAUUCAAUUCGCAUGUCUUUAAGUUGGAACAAGAUGAGUACAUGAAGGAGGAAAUUCCUUGGACCCUCAUUGACUUUUAUGACAAUCAGCCAUGCAUAGACCUUAUAGAAGCUAAGCUGGGCAUCCUGGACCUGCUGGAUGAAGAAUGUAAGGUCCCUAAAGGGACAGACGAGAACUGGGCUCAGAAACUCUAUGAUCGCCACGGAAGCAGUCAGCAUUUCCAGAAGCCUCGCAUGUCGAACAUGGCAUUCAUUAUUGUGCACUUUGCAGAUAAGGUGGAAUAUUAUUGUGAGGGCUUUUUGGAAAAAAACAGAGACACAGUCCACGAAGAACAGAUCAAUAUUCUGAAGGCCGGCAAGUACCCAGCCAUUGUGGAGUUGUUCCAUGACGAAAAGGACCCUGCUCCAGCUGCUCCUUCUGGGAAAAAAACGUCUUCCAAAAUCAAUAUCCGCUCCGCCCGUCCAACUGUGAAAGCAACCAACAAAGAGCACAAGAAAACAGUGGGGACCCAGUUUCGUAAUUCUUUGCACCUGUUGAUGGAGACCCUGAAUGCUACCACUCCCCAUUAUGUUCGGUGUAUCAAGCCCAACGAUGAGAAGCUGCCUUUCAGCUUCGAUCCAAAGAGAGCAGUGCAGCAACUUAGAGCUUGUGGAGUGCUGGAGACCAUCCGGAUCAGCGCAGCCGGCUACCCAUCCAGGUGGACCUACCAUGACUUCUUGAAUCGGUAUCGAGUGCUCAUGAAAGACAAAAGUAUUUCGAAAAAGAAAGACAAGACACUGAUUUGUAAGACGUUGUUGGAAAGCCUAAUUAAGGAUCCUGACCAGUUUCAGUUUGGACGUACAAAGAUCUUUUUCCGUGCUGGCCAGGUGGCCUACUUGGAAAAAUUGCGGGCAGAUAAGUUCCGGGCUGCCACCAUCAUGAUACAGAAGACGAUGCGCGGCUGGAUGCAGAGAAGAAAAUACAGGAAAACCAGGGAGGCAGCUUUAAGUAUCCAGAGGUUCACCCGAGGAUAUCUGGCACGCAGAUUGGCUGAUCAUCUAAGGAAAACAAAAGCGGCCGUUAUUUUCCAGAAACAAUAUCGAAUGUUAAGGAUACGCCGGGCCUACAAAACCAUCCGUCAAGCAGCUAUCACGAUCCAGUCCUUCACCCGAGGAAUGUUCGUUAGGAAGAACUAUCAAAAGAUACUUAUGGAGUACAAGGCCGUCAUCCUCCAGAAACACACUCGAGCUUGGCUGGCUCGGAAGAAUCUCUGCAAGUUCAGAUGUGCAGCUGUGGUGAUCCAGUGCUACUUCAGGCGCAUGAAAGCCAAGCGGGAGCUGAAAGCUCUGAAGAUAGAAGCCCGGUCGGCAGAGCACCUGAAGAGGCUCAAUGUCGGCAUGGAGAACAAAGUUGUGCAACUACAGAGAAAGAUAGAUGAACAGCACAAAGAAUACAAGUCUCUCAGUGGGCAGCUCUCCACGGCAGCCGUUGCUCAUGGCACAGAGAUUGAGAGGCUGAGGAAGGAACUGGAGCACCAUCGACAGAAGAAGGGGGACAGGAAUCAGCUCGUGAGCCUGCAGGAGGAAAUCGACUCCCUCCGGCUGGCCCUGGAGAAGGCUCACGGGGAGCGGAAGAUCGUGGAAGAUACCUACGCCAAGGAGAAGCAGGUGCUCCAAAAGAAGAUAUCUGACUUGGAGGAAGAGAAUGUCCUUCUGAAGGAAGAAAAAGAGGCACUGAACAACAAAAUCUUGGGUCACUCAGAAGAUGAAUUUGCCAAAAACGCGCUUGAAGAAAACCUGAUGAAGAAGGAGCUUGACGAGGAGAGAGUCCGUUACCAGCACCUUGUGCAGGAAUAUUCCAGGCUGGAGCAGAGAUACGACAAUCUCAGCGAGGAGAUGGCUCUCAUCAAGCAAAGUCCAGGGCACCGAAGGAACCCCUCAAACCAAAGCAGCUUGGAGUCGGAUUCCAACUACCCAUCCAUUUCCACAUCUGAAAUAGGAGACACGGAAGAUGCGAUACAGCAGAUAGAGGAAGUUGGCUUGGAGAAGGCAGCCAUGGACAUGAGCCUCUUCCUGAAACUUCAGAAGAGAGUGCGGGAACUUGAACAGGAGAGGAGGAAAUUGAAGACCCAGCUGGAAAAGAAAGAGAACGAAAGCAAGAAGUCUCAGGUAAUUGAAACGAAGAACGAAAUGGAUUUGGACCGAGAUACAGAUCUAGCAUACAACAGUCUGAAGGAAUCAAGCCUGAGCACGCAAACCAGCUGGCCCAAUAGUGACAAGCAUAUGGACCCAGAAGAUGCCAUCGAGGCCUACCACGGAAUGUGUGAAACGAAUCGGCUCCUCGAGGCUCAGCUCCAGGACCAGAGAAGGGAGUACGAAGAAGAAAUAGAGGUCCUGAAGGACCAGAUGGAGACCCUGAAGGAGGCGUUGGAGAAACAGCACGAACUCUUCCUCCAGACACUCCAGCUGUCGCCAGAAGCCCAGGUGGAGUUCGGCAUCCAGCAGGAAAUCUCCCGGCUGACCAGCGAAAACCUGGACCUGAAAGAGAUGCUGGAGAAACUAGAAAAGAAUGAGAAGAAGCUGAAGAAGCAGCUCAGGAUUUAUAUGAAGAAAGUGCAGGAUUACGAAGCUGAUCAAACCACUACACCGUCUGAAAAACGGAAACACGAACUCAGUCGGCACGUUGCCGUCCAAAGGAAGGAAAAAGACUUCCAGGGGAUGUUAGAAUAUUAUGAAGAAGAGGAGCCUUCGCUCAUAAAAAAUCUCAUUACAGAUCUGAAGCCCCAAACGGUAUCCGCCACCGUGCCCUGCUUGCCCGCCUACAUCCUUUUUAUGUGCAUCAGACACGCCGAUUACAUUAAUGAUGAUCAAAAAGUGCACUCGUUGCUUACCUCCACUAUUAACGGCAUUAAAAAAGUAUUAAAGAAACACAACGAGGACUUUGAGAUGACGUCAUUCUGGCUGUCCAACACGAGUCGCCUUCUCCAUUGUCUGAAGCAAUACAGCGGCGAUACGGGUUUCAUGACUCAAAAUACCCCAAAGCAGAAUGAGCAUUGCCUGAAGAACUUUGACCUCGCCGAGUACCGCCAGGUCCUGAGUGACCUCUCCAUCCAGAUCUACCAGCAGCUCAUCAAGAUUGCCGAAGGCGUCUUGCAGCCCAUGAUAGUGACGGCGGUGCUGGAGAACGAAAGCAUCCAGGGGCUGUCGGGGGUGAAGCCGAUGGGCUACCGGAAGCGGAGCUCCAGCAGGGGGGACAGUGAGAACGCCUACAGCUUGGAGGCCAUCCUCCGCCAGCUGAACACGUUUCUCAGCGUCAUGUACGACCAGGGCCUGGACCCGGAGAUCGUCCAGCAGGCCAUCAAGCAGCUCUUCUACAUGAUCAACGCCGUGGCCCUGAACAACCUCCUGCUCAGGAAGGACGUCUGCUCCUGGAGCACCGGCAUGCAGAUGCGGUUUAACAUCAGCCAACUGGAGGAGUGGUUGAGAGGGAAGAACCUGCAGCCAAGUGGGGCUGCCAAGACCCUGGAGCCCCUGAUCCAGGCAGCCCAGCUCCUGCAGCUGAAAAAGAAGACCCCUGAGGACGGGGAGGCCAUCUGCUCCCUGUGCACGUCCCUCACCACCCAGCAGAUUGUAAAAAUACUAAAUCUUUACACUCCUGUGAACGAGUUUGAAGAGCGAGUGACAGUAACCUUCAUAAGAAACAUUCAGGCCCAGCUGCAAGAGCGGAACGACCCUCCACAGCUGCUCUUAGACUUCAAGUUCAUGUUCCCCGUUUUGUUUCCGUUCAACCCUUCGUCUCUGACCAUGGACUCUAUCCACAUCCCAGCUUCCCUUAACCUGGGAUUCCUUAACCGAGUUUGAAGACUACAAUAUAUA